UUUGAGUUUGCGUGAUUCAGGAUUCCACCCCUUCUAUGCAAACUUCUUUAUUGAGCAAGAAAGGAAAGUGUGUGCAAGAAUCUGGUCACACAGAACUGAAACUGCUUUUUAAAAAGUAUCGUGACAAGGCAGCCAGCACGACAAAAGAAUGGCUGAGAAAAGCAGUAAAUUUGUGAAACAAAUAAACGAGUUUUUUGCUUCCAUUAAAGACAUCAAAGAUGAGGAGAAGAUGUUUACUUUCAGAGGAGUAUUGUAUCCUAACCAACUUUGUAGCGUUGAGACCUUUGCGGAACUGGAAACCAUGGAAGCAAGAAAGGAUGAUGUGCUGAUAGUAGCUUAUCCAAAAUGCGGUACUAACUGGGUAGCACACAUUAUAAAUGAAAUGAUAGCUGCAGUUCCUGAUUACAAGGACAUACCAGAACCAGAAAUCUUCCAAAUGCUUGAAUUUGGAUUCCCCCAAAAGUUUCAGAAAUUCCAAAAUCAACCUUCUCCACGUGUUUUUACAACUCAUCUCUUUUAUGAUAACAUUCCUAAAUCUUUUAUUGAGAAGAAGGUGAAGAUCCUGGUGGUAUUUCGAAAUCCCAAGGAUGCAGCUGUAUCCUAUUACCAUUUUUACAACAAAAAUCCUUUGCUUCCAAGUGUGAGCUCCUGGGAUGAAUUCUUCCAAAUGUUCAUGAGUGGUGAAGACUUCACCAAAAUGGCAGUCAACCAGGCUGUCCCACAUGCGUGCAUGGCGAAACUUAAUGAAUAUUGUCAGAGAAAUAAUUUAAAAGCGGAGUAUAAAGACGUUAAUGCCACAGGCCCUCCUCAUGACCGCAUAUUCACUGUAGCAGUUGUAAUAGACCAAAGACAGUAUAGCGAAGCAACUGCUAAAACAAAGAAGCUGGCAAGACAUCACGCAGCAGCAUUAGCUUGGGAAAUCAUACAGCAAGAAAGGCAGGGAAAUCCGGCCUUAAGACCAGUGGUGCAGCCGCUGCCCUCCCCAUCAACAUCAACAUCAUCAACCCUGCAACCAUCAAAGUUGCCGGAACCGGCUGAAAACUUAACAGAAGCCUCAUCUCCACGUUCAGUUAACUAUAUUUCCUCGCUCAAUGAAUAUGCAAAUAGGAACAAAGUAAUUGUUACAUAUUUUUUGAAGGAUAAAACUGGAUUGGACCAUAUGCCAAUCUUUUCCUACAUCUGUAAAAUUGAUGGCAAAGAAUUUGGUGAGGGCACAGGAAAUAGUGCACAAAUUGCAAAACAGAAUGCAGCCAAACUGGCAUAUGAAAAGUUGAUUCUCCAACCCGCUUCCACGACUGAAAGAAGUGCUACCCAUACAAAUGGUUCUACAAAUAGGUCGUCUUCUGAUUCCCAAGAAACAUCAAAUGAGGCAUCUGUGGAGUCUGUUCAAGAGUCCAUGGAAGUUGCUUCUGACCGGUCGGAGAGUAUAGCUUUUCGGAGCUCUGGUGUAUAUUCAAAUGGUACUGAUUUUGAUUCAAAAUAUAAGGAUGCAGGUGACAGACCAGCUAAUAAAAUUGAUGCCGUUUAUCCAAGUGAAAUCUCUUCAUCUUCUCUGGCAAGUCCCAAAGGCCAUGCUGUGAAACCUAAAAGAAAGGAGAAACCAUUGGCACCUAAAUUUUCAAAAUCAACGCAAAGUAAAUACACCAUCAAUGCCAGGUUUCUUGAGGACUUUGAAGAUAUAGAGAAAAUUGGCUCUGGUGCAUUUGGGAAUGUUUUCAAGGCAAAACAUGCCAUUGACAAAACGCUAUAUGCUGUCAAACGAGUCAAACUUAUUGUCGGAGAAGAAAAAGAAUCAGAAAAAGAAGUAAAAGCUUUAAAAAUACUUGUCCAUGAAAACAUUGUUCGGUAUUACAAUUGUUGGAUUGGGAAAGACAAUCUUCCAUCAGAUGAUAGCACAAAUGAUAACAGGAAUGCCAGCCAGUGUAACUGCCUCUUCAUAAUGACAGAUUAUUGUGAGAAGGGAACACUAAAAGAUUGGCUUCCUCAAGAAAGCAGUAAAGGCUAUGAAGAUGAUGCCCUAAUAAAAUUCCAGCAAAUAGUGAAAGGGGUGGAGUUUAUUCAUAAAGAAAAUUUAAUUCAUAGAGAUCUCAAGCCUCUAAAUAUAUUCAUAUCUAAAGACGAUAAAAUAAAAAUAGGUGAUUUUGGCCUGGUAACAACAGGUGUAGAUGACCAUUUGAUGCAACGGACACAAGGGAAAGGAACGGUUUCCUACAUGGCUCCUGAACAGAUGGGGAGAUUUUACGGAAAGGAAGUGGAUAUCUUUCCAUUGGGAUUAAUUUUAUUUGAAAUGCUUUACCUGUUUAAAACCGGACAUGAAAGAAGAGAGGAAUGGGAUAACAUCAGAGAUGGCAAACUUCCACGAACAUUUACUGAGAAGUUUUCAAGAGAGGCAUCCCUAAUUAAGAAACUGCUUUUGAAAGACCCAUCUCGGAGACCAUUACCAGUUGAUGUUUUGCGUUUUCUCAGGAAGGAGCAAUAUAACCCACAUACAUGUUAGCUAACAUCUGUCAAAAUUCAAUAACAGCAUUUCAGUCCAUAGUUGGUUGUUCCUUUUGCUAUUGCUAAUGUCUGAAAUCUCAUUUGAAUCAAAGUGUGGCAGGUAAGGACACAAGUGGCUUGGGCUAUUUAAAUCUGAAGGAUGUCCUCUUCCUAUAUGCACGGCUGUAGCCUCUGAGAUGCUCUCAUGGAAGCAAAACCUGUGUGAAAAGUCAGGAAAUCUGUGGCAUAAUAAGCAUUCUCAGUGACGUCUUCAGGGUUAUGGAACUUUGCUGUAGUUCAGCAAGUCCUUUUUGUUUGGACUUAACACAGCAGGCUGUGAUGAAGGGAGAUCUAGGAUCCAUUGUUUCCCUAUUACAGUGAAAUCUUUUUAUUGCGAAUCUGUUGCUCAACUUCUCUUGUCCUGUUCAGGCCUUACCUGCUUUAUCUGGGUUGUGUCAAGCGUGUGUCUCCCUGGUGAUUUCAAACUUCCAAAUGCAUACAAUUUCUACCUGGUGUGAAACUGGAAGCCAGAAAUGAAAUCGUUUGGCCCUAAAGUUCUGCAGUGUGCAUUUCUAUAGGAAAUGCAAGUCUUUCCCAACCUGGUGCCCUCCAGAUGUAUUGGACUACAACUCCCAUCACCAGCAGCCAGCAUGACUGGAUGGGAAUUGUAGUCCAGAACAUCUGGAGGGCACCAGAUUGGGGAAGGCGGGUGAGUCACAGAAAUUUAUAGUGAAGGAACUUAGCCCCAGGUUCAUUUCCAGCUGCCAUUUUCAUACUAGAUGGAAGUUGGAAGGUGCUAUCGGUGAUCAGAUUUUGAUGUAUGUUUCUGGACGUUUUCAAAUUAUUUGUGAUUUUCAAAUAGCCCAAAUUAACACCCUCUGGAAUCAGCAGGAAAACAAAUGAGUAAAUGUGCACGUAUUACACAUGAAUAAAACUGCCCUCCUAGGAAUGCCAGUUGGCACUUCAGGACGAGGAUAUACAUUUUAGAAAGAAAGUGUUGCGCCUUUAUGGUGAGAGACCCUCAAAUCUCUUUCUCCAAAGAAUCUUUGUUGCACAGGCUCAACAGAUGCCUUCACUGCUGCCAUUAUUUUCAAGGGUAUUGCACAUGGCACCAUAGACAACCCCUUCAUCGGUUUUAUGCUCCUGAGGAACAAUGGCUUGGUGGAAGACAAUAUUUUAGACUAGUUGAGUUGUUAUCUCUGUAUCCAACCGCAUGGAUAAGAUCAUGAACAAGGUUAAUAAGAGUUGAUUACCUGAAGCUAGGAUAUCUGGGCCAGUACACCUGUAUGUGGAGAAACAACUCACUGAGAACUCCAUAUGCAGCCUUUGUUUCAUUUCCAGAAAGUAGCCAAGCUAGGCUAUUGCAGCAAAACCAACAAAUGUAUUUUGGCAGCUGUGACAAAAUCACAAUGCUUGCCAUGUUGAGUUUGUACUUUGAUGAGCUGAUUUAUUGUGGAGGGAUUGUAUAAACACGUUUUAAGGAAAAAAGCAUUAGUUCUUUGAAGGGCAGGGUAUUGACCAAAAGUUGAAACUGCCUGGCACGUGCUCUGGUUCGAUAUCUAACAAAUAGUGCCCCUUUUUUAUUUACUGUUCUGCGAAAUUUGUGUGAGAGAAAAGUAUUGGGCAGACUGUGUAUUUGGUAAGGAUAUUGAACAGCGUUCCCUAUCCUGCUGCCCUCCAGAUAUUUGAAAUUACAAGUCCCAGCAUUCCUGACAAUGGGACAUACUGACUUGCAAUGAUGGGAGUUGGAGUCCAACACCUUUGGAGGGCACCAGAUUGGGGAAGGGCUGCUCUAAACAAAAAAAAGAGAAGUAGGCGGCCCUAAGUUGUUCGUCAACAGUUUUCCACAACCCCACAGUCACCUCUGCAUAUCCUAUUCUCCAUCCUGUCCUCAUGGUUUUUCUGCUUUGGGAGAACGAGAAUUUCACUGGCACUUCCUGCCUCCUUAGGGAGGAUGUGGCAUUAAAGCUUGUGAGCCUUAACUCCCAAUUUCCCUGCUUUUUGGUGCUUGGUUGAAAACUGUAAAGCCUGAAUGUUGUUUUGUAAACAGUAGGUUUUUUGUUUAAUUAUACAGUAUAUGUGGGGUGGGUGGGCGAAAAAAUUACAAACCAGUCAGAAAAUGCAGAAUGUACUGACAAGUGAUAAUCUGCAUUAUUAACAGUAGUGAUUCACAAAAUAGUUGCUAUGAUAAUGCAAAUAUCCUGGCACUAGGUAAGCCAAUGAACACGUUUGUUGUUUAUUUGUUCAGUCGCUUCCGACUCUUCGUGACUUCACGGACCAGCCCACGCCAGAGCUUUCUGUCGGCCAUUGCCAUCCCUAGCUCCCCCAAGGUUAUCACGGUGUUCAUGUAGUGUGAUAAAAAUCCUUUUUCCUUAUUCAAGCUGCUUAUGAUAGAACUGAACCUUUUGAUGAAUUCUAACACACUAGUCUCUUGAGAAUAUUGCUAUUUCUGAUAGUGUUUCCAGAGUUGUAACAGGGACAGAUAGUAUUUUGCCAACACUAAUAAAGGUCUUUCCUGAUUUUGGAGCUUCUGACUUGGUCAGUUUUAGAAUCUUCUUGUCCGGUUCCUCUCUCUAAAUGGGUGACAUUAGGUUUUAGGCAUGGAAAGGGUUCCUCACAUUAGAGAUGUAUGUAUAUUGUCAUAUCAGUUACAUUUUGAUCCAUUUUCUCAUGCUAAAUUGACUUUAUGGGGCAAUCCAGAUCUAAAAAUUGGUAAGAAAAUGUUUUUCUGAAGGAAAUGGACAGAUAAGGUAAUUUUUACUUCGGAUUAACUUGUGGGCACCAAUGAUGAGUUAUUAUCCUUUUCUAUCCUGCAUUUCAAAUAGAAUUUGUCAGCUAUGGCUGAAUGGCAAUACUUUCAAUUGCAGCAUUUGUUAAUAUCUAGGUUUGGCCCUGCUGCUUUUACAGCAUUAGAGAGUCCGUCAUUACUGGAAGUACGUAUUGAGGCUGGUCAGGCAAAAUGACCCACUAUUCACGUCUAUAAAUACUUGUUAUUGAUGAAUAAAUAUGCUAUACAGGGUUCUAAGCAGGAAUGGAAUAGGUAACUGGAUUGUCCCAUUGUACCUAAUCAACGGAUUGCUGCUUAAGCAUAUACACCCAUAGUGUCUAUGGAUCUUAGACUGCACCUUAUUCAACAAUGUCUUCGUUGUUUUACGUUUAUGGACACUGCAACAUCUCUUGAUGUUGCCUAAUUCAGGACAUUGCUGGCUGUGUGCAAUGCUGUGAAUGCUUCCUUGAAAUACAUUUUGGCAAUGUCCAGUAGUUCAUUUGUGGGGGGUUAUUAUAUAGAUACAUUUUGUACUGGAAUAGUCUUUUAAUAUUUACUGAUGUACAUAGUCUUUAAAAUUAUUUAUCUGCUUCUUAGAAAUUAAUGGAUUCUCCUCCCCAUUUUGAUUGAUCAAAGACUGGUUUUACAAUCUUACAAGGCUUUUAAUAUUGGAACAGGUGGCCUAUAGGUAUCCACUUUCAAAUGGAUACUUAUUUGGAUAUCUGAUCCACUUUUGUUGAAGCUUAUUUUUUAAAAAGGAAUCCCCUCCCCAAUAUUGCAGGACUUAAUAAUGCCACCCACAAUCUUAUUCACUUGCUUAUCUUCUAAUGUGCUAUACAUCUGUCAGCAAUGCCCUUCUUCAUUCCACAUAGGGAAAACAGGCCAGACUCUGCAGAAAAGAAAAUGGAUUUUUAUCACACUACAUGGCUUACGUAGUGCCAGGAUCCUUAGGGAACUGUUUUAUGAAAGGAAGACCCCUGCUCUAACAUGGGUCUUAUUCCAUGUGCCUCCCCCCCCCCCCGCUAAGUUUACAUCUGAAAUCAGUCUGCAGGCAAGUCAAUGGAGCAUGAACCCUAGAUAUGUAGAGUACAGCUUAGUCUACCCCUCUGUAUAUGCAUGUAUGUUGGAACAAUAUUGAAUGUUGACAUACACGUUAGAUUUUUCUUGGAGAUGGUUUUAGGUAUAUCAACCAGACCACUCUGAAAAAAAACAUCUUGAAUUCAAACAGAUCUUAAGAGCAAAAAAAUGUCCAAAAAGUGCUUACAGUGAAAGAUGAUGACUGCUGUGGUUGUAAAAGUAACAUGAAUGGUGGAAUCUGUCUAGCCUGUGCAGCAAAGAUUCUUUGGAAGGUUAUUUUGAAUAGCUUCGGCUGGGGGGCAGUAUAUAAAUGUAAUAAAAUAAAUAAAUAAAUAAAUAUCUUAAAAGAUUCAACUGUGCAAAAAUGCUCAUGGGUAGUCCCUUUGAUCCCAGUGAGGCUUCCCAUCUCCAUUUCAGUAUGUCUUUCGGAUGCUUUGCAAAAUGCCUGUAUGCAUAAAACUUCCAACAGCAAUAAGCAACUGGAAGCGAAAUAUUAUUUUCAUUAAGGGAUUGUUGUAAUAACUGCAAUUUGGGGCCUUAAAAACAAAUGCCUUGUACUUGGUCUGUGUUUUGAGUUCCACCAUGCAAAGCUACAGAAAGAUAGCAAAUUAAAUCACUCAGUCUGGAUUCUUGAUCAAACCUACUCUAUACUAGCAAGCCAUUAAUUUGAUUCCCCCCCCCUAAAUAUCUAGUGAGCACUUAAUUGUGUUAAAUCAUUAACUUUAGAAACUUGUUAGGUAUUAAGAUCUUUUUUACUCAAUUUUUUUUCAGUUUGGAAAUUAAUGUUGCUAUUUUGUUUUAGUAUACAUUAUACUACUACUUUGAUGUUUAGUUGCUUUUGAUGUAUAGUUGUUAACCUAGUAAAUUCUGUUUAUAAACAAAAUUGCUGCAUUGCUCAUUUCUUUAGGGAACAUCUUUGUAGAGGAAAAAUCUGCUUGCUAGUAUUGUUUCCCUCUGAGAAGUCUGGCAAUGCACUUCUAGUGUCUAUCCUGGAAAUAUCUGGCGCAAUCCAAAAUUAAUAAAGUAGAUAGCAAUAGUGAUUAUUCACUGGGACUACUUGCUGCCAAAAUCAGCAUUCUUAAGUAUACAACUAUCAGUCUGUCUGGGACAGUGGGCACAUAUGCAAUUUUGAGUGUGUGUCAUGGACACACUCAUGAAAUAGUUGUCAUGAUGUGGGAUGGUGAUCCUGAUUGUGCUUUUUAUAUUGUAUUUGUGUUUUUUAACUUGUUGGUUGUUUUAUGAUGGUUUUAAUUUUUGUGAACCGCCCAGAGAGCUUCGGCUAUUGGGUUGGUAUAAAAAUGUAAUAAAUAAUAAAUAAAUAAAUGGU